GUUUAAUUUAUCGGAGGAAAGAAACGAUGCGUUUUUCAUUUUGUAAUAGAAUCUCUCUCAGACCACACCACUCAUUCUUCUUCCAUUUCCAAUCCAAUGUUGAGUUCAAGCACUAACAAAUCAAGAACAACAAUGCACCAUCAGCAGCAUCCACUAUGCACCCGCACACACCAGAUCGGGUCCUUACUCCUAAUUGCCGCCACUUUCUUCUUCACAAGACUCUUAGACGCUCCUUGCAACCUCUCAUCCAACGUGUCACAACACAACUUCCUUGGGUCCCACCGGUUACCGGAAUCUCAUGAACUCUCCAUCAAGAUCUACGUCUACGAUGAAAACGAGAUCGACGGUUUAAAUGAACUUUUGCGCGGAAGAGACGGUAAGAUCACCCCUGAAGCUUGCUUGAAAGGCCAGUGGGGUAGUCAGGUGAAAAUACACAAGUUACUUUUAGAAUCAAGAUACAGGACGAGAAAGAAGGAGGAAGCAGAUUUGUUCUUUGUUCCGUCGUAUGUUAAAUGUGCGCGAAUGAUGGGUGGACUUAAUGAUAAAGAAAUUAAUCAGAUUUAUGUUAAAGUUAUUAGCCAAAUGCCGUAUUUUCGAUUAUCUGGGGGCCGCAACCACAUAUUUGUUUUCCCGAGUGGAGCUGGAGCUCACUUGUUCAAGUCUUGGGCAACAUAUAUAAAUCGCUCAAUUAUUCUUACACCUGAGGGGGAUCGCACUGAUAAGAGAGAUACUAGUGCCUUUAAUACAUGGAAAGAUAUCAUCAUUCCAGGUAAUGUCGAAGAUGGUAUGACCAGGGCUCGGUCUACCAUGGUCCAGCCUCUGCCUCUGUCUAAGCGAAAGUACUUGGCAAACUAUUUAGGUCGUGCACAAGGAAAAGCUGGUCGUCUUCAGCUAAUAGAGCUUUCAAAACAAUUUCCAGAGAAGUUGGAAUGUCCAGAUUUGAAAUUCAGUGGAAGUGACAAGCUUGGAAGGAAAGAAUAUUUUGAACACUUGCGCAAUUCCAAGUUUUGCCUCGCUCCACGUGGGGAGUCAUCUUGGACCCUUCGAUUUUAUGAGUCUUUUUUUGUGGAAUGUGUUCCAGUUAUAUUAUCGGAUCAAAUAGAAUUACCGUUCCAGAAUGUCAUCGAUUACAGUCAGAUAUCGAUAAAGUGGCCAUCCAGUCGAAUAGGUCCCGAACUAUUGCAGUAUUUGGAAUCCAUUCCAGAUAAAGACAUAGAAGCAAUAAUUGCUCGCGGACGACAAGUUAGGUGCAUGUGGAUCUAUGCUUCAGAUUCAGAACCUUGUUCUGCAAUGCGUGGAAUCAUGUGGGAACUGCAGAGGAAAGUGAGGCAAUUUCACCAAUCAGCUGAAACAUUUUGGUUGCAUAAUGGAUCGUUUGUAAACAGAAACUUGGUCGAAUUUUCUAAAUGGAAACUACCUGUGCCUUUGCCUUGAUAAGCUAUGUAUAUAGUUUAUCUUGUAUAAAGUAUUUUUUAUCAUUAUCAUUCCAAUCUUAAAUCUUUUCAAAAGCAUAUGUUAGCUCUUCAUUGUCAUCUAGUAAUGUAUCUGUAUAGUAUACAUAGAAUAACUUUUCAUUGAUUAAUAGGCAUCUCAUCUUAACAAAGAUUUGUUUGUUUUCCUCUGUUGAACAAUUUUCUCCAACAUGUUAAUGUAAGUUGAAAGUUUAAUUUA